UCGAUAAGUAUAAAAAGCUGCGUCUCAUCACUAAAUAAAAAGCUCCAAGCUUAAGCGAACUGCACAUUGACACACUGGAUAUUUGCAAUCUAGCUGAGGAAGAGUUCGCGUGUGUGGUGGAAGUGCUGAAUGCCGCCAGUGAAACCUGCAGAGAUGUAAGCGUAGACGAUAAUGGACAAAUGACAAGAUUGCUCUGGCCCGUGGACAUCAUCAGCAUGACCAAGGGCCUGCUGGAGAGUAGCUCCGCACAUUGUUUUCACUGUCGUACCAUUAGCAAAGAACUAAUCUGUGCGAUUUCCUACGAUAUGGGUCAGUGUAUUAUGCAGCCGCUGGUGGGCGUGGACAAUGAGGAGGCUGUUGUCUAUCGCUUGGUGUCAGCGAUUGCCAUGCGGCGCGACAACUGCGCUGUGGUUGCUUAUGCAGUGGGCCAGCUGACAUCCUCGACUGUGCACGAGCCCGACAUGAGCAUUGCCAUCAGAGGCUUUGCCAUGAGCCAGGAUGCGCGUGAAUCUGUUAUCGACUCGAUAACACGUUGCAUGCUAAUUGGCUAAUAUUAACACAUCAAGUCUGCUGCCUUUAAGUUUUUUAAGCAAAUCCAUAGUAAUAACUAAAUUGCUGAUAUGCAUAUACAUAUACAUAUUUUACUUUGUACCUGCUGAAUAAACGUAAA